UUGGAAAACCUCCACCACACACAACAACACACGGCAGCCAAUAAACUCACUCAGAGAGGCAGCCUUCUCCCUCCACACGACUGAUACGAGAAUGUUCAUCCUUCACAGAAUGGCCACUUCUCAAUCUCUCUUUGCCCCUUCUUCCUCUUUCCUUAAACCUUCUUCCCCCUCCAGUUUCAACCGCUUGGGUCUUCCUCUGACACGCCAGUUCAGGGCCUUCGCUCUUCACGGCCAUAGAAAUGGGUUCUCCACCGCCUAUUCCGCCGUCGCCACCGAGUCUUCUGCCGAGACUUCGGUCGAAAACUUGGAACUGGAAACCAACGGCGAUGAGAAUUCUCAGAAAGAAGAGAGAGUGGUACUUCCGACCAACGACUCCUCCGAAAAGCUCCUCAGGAUUCGUCACACGUGUGCACAUGUGAUGGCCAUGGCAGUUCAGAAGCUUUUCCCGGAUGCGAAAGUGACGAUUGGGCCGUGGAUAGAAAAUGGGUUUUACUAUGACUUUGAUAUGGAGCCGUUGACGGACAGAGACUUGAAGAAGAUUAAGAAGGAAAUGGAUCGUAUUGUUGGUAAAAAUUUACCGCUUAUAAGAGAAGAAGUUUCAAGGGAUGAAGCGCAGAGGCGAAUAAUGUCUCUCAAUGAACCAUACAAAUUGGAAAUUCUGGAAAGUAUUAAGGAAGAACCCAUUACCAUCUAUCACAUUGGCAAUGAAUGGUGGGACCUUUGCGCUGGGCCUCACGUCGAAUCAACUGGGAAAAUCAACAGAAGAGCUGUUGAACUUGAGUCGGUUGCCGGUGCUUAUUGGAGAGGAGAUGAAAAGAAACCAAUGCUGCAGAGGAUAUAUGGCACUGCUUGGGAAAAUGAACAACAAUUAAAGGCUUACCUUCACUUCAAAGAGGAGGCUAAACGCCGCGAUCAUAGACGCCUUGGUCAAGAUCUCGACCUCUUCUCUAUACAGAACGAUGCUGGCGGAGGCUUAGUAUUUUGGCAUCCCAAGGGUGCUGUUGUAAGGAACGUAAUAGAAGAUUUGUGGAGGAAAAUACACAUAGAACGCGGUUACGAUCUUCUGUAUACCCCACAUGUAGCAAAGGCAGAUCUUUGGCAGAUUAGUGGCCAUUUAGAUUUCUACAGAGAGAAUAUGUACGAUCAGAUGAACAUUGAAGAUGAACUUUAUCAACUUCGACCUAUGAACUGCCCUUACCAUAUCUUGAUUUACAAAAGAAAGCUUCACUCGUAUCAGGAUUUUCCCAUUCGAGUUGCAGAGUUGGGAACAGUAUAUAGAUACGAAUUAUCUGGAAGCUUGCAUGGCCUUUUUCGCGUAAGAGGAUUCACUCAGGAUGAUGCCCAUAUAUUUUGUUUAAGUGAUCAAAUCAAAGAUGAAAUCAGGGGAGUUCUAGAUCUUACGGAGGAAAUGCUAUUGCAAUUUGGCUUUAGUAAGUAUGAGGUGAAUCUUUCUACAAGGCCAGAGAAAUCUGUUGGUGAUGAUGAUAUAUGGGAAAAAGCAACUUCUGCCUUAAAAGAUGCUUUAGAUGAUAAGGGCUGGAGCUACCAAAUUGAUGAAGGUGGUGGUGCCUUUUAUGGCCCAAAGAUUGAUCUUAAGAUUGAGGAUGCUCUGGGAAGGAAGUGGCAGUGUUCAACAAUACAGGUUGAUUUUAACCUACCGCAACGUUUUGAUAUCACAUAUGUUGACUCAACCUCAGAAAAAAAGCGGCCAAUCAUGAUCCACAGAGCAGUGCUUGGAUCUCUGGAACGAUUUUUUGGAGUCCUUAUAGAACAUUAUGCUGGGGACUUCCCACUGUGGCUUUCCCCAAUCCAAGCUCGAGUUCUGCCAGUUACUGAUACCCAGCUUGAAUACUGCAAUGAAGUAGCAAAGAAGCUGAAAGCAAAUGGCAUUCGAGCUGAAGUUUGCCAUGGUGAGCGCCUACCAAAACUCAUUAGAAAUGCAGAAACGCAGAAGAUCCCCUUAAUGGCGGUUGUGGGCGCCAAGGAACUGGAAACAGGUACCGUUACCGUACGAUCCAGGUUUGGUGGAGAUGUUGGGACGAUGACGGUUGAUGAUUUUGUUGGUAGAACAAAGUCUGCCAUUGAAAACAGAACAUCCUUUUGAACUGACGCGUAUGCCCUGGAAAAUAACAUAUCUUAAAUGUACCAACAUUCAAAGAGCAAUUUUGUUACAUGGUAUUAACCUUGAGCCCGAAAGUUGCAUUUGUUUGUAUGCAGUGUUUAGUCAUCGUUGAUAAGGAACUUAUCAUAGGAAUGAUACACUUGUGUAUACAGUUGACAAAAAGGAUUAUCAUUUAUGUCUCGUUUAUUU